UUCGAAAGCAAAAUGGCUGCUGAACCGACACGAGAGUGGAGCGAUGAGAAACUGAACAGUGACGAAGUACCCAAAAAAGACCUUAUCAAAUUUCUCCAGGACAAUGCAACACAAUCGUUUCUUGCUGAGCACAAGCUCAUGGGAAACAUCAAGAAUGUUGCAAAGACUGCUAAAAAGGAGCAACUUGUUGUCGCCUACAACCAGCUGUUUGAGAGCAAGAGGUUUAAAGGCACGGAAGUGGAGCAGGUGACUGAAGAGGUAAAAGCUGUGAAGAUCGAUGAGAAGCCCAAAGAAACAAAGACAGAAGUUGUAGAUGAGGGUCCUCCUAAGUUUACAAAGUCAGUGUUGAAGAAAGGAGACAAGACUAACUUUCCCAAAAAGGGUGACACAGUGGCAUGUUGGUAUACUGGCACGCUUGAAGAUGGCACUGUUUUUGAUACCAACAUUCCUGCAGGAGCACGGAAAAAGAAGCAGGCCAAACCACUUUCCUUUAAAGUUGGCAUGGGCAAAGUUAUCAAAGGGUGGGAUGAGGGACUCCUGACCAUGAGUAAAGGUGAAACUGCGCGCUUGGAAAUUGAUCCCGAAUGGGCCUACGGUAAAAAGGGUGUUCCUGAUUCUAAAAUCCCACCAAAUGCCAAACUUAUUUUUGAGGUUGAAUUGGUGUCCAUUGAUUAGGAUGUCGAACAUUCUCCUUUCAGCAGAACUCAAGUUCGUGUUGGAGCCAGCCUUCAUGUUAACCUCAGUAUUCUAAUACACUGCAAAAGUACUCAAUAUUACAGGUGGCAGCAGGAGCUCAUUUGCAACCAUGUGAUCUCACAUUAUUUUGCAUUGUUGGCUUUUGUUGUUUAAGAAAUGAAUAAUAAAAAUAAAUUAAAAUCAAA